AUGGUCGGCCAGGCUACUACUAUUCUUCUUACUCUCCCCCUUCUUCUCCAGAUCCUGCCGGGGGCAGUGGGCCUUCCCGCUCCAUCGGAGGAUGGGACUCUUUGCAGGAAUGGGGCUUGUGGACCAAAUACUGACUCCAGAGGACAUGAUCAAUCUGGUGGUCCUAGCUGGGGAAAUGACGACGACGACGACGACAAUAACAACAAUGACGAGGUAUGCACUCCAGAAACGGUGACAGUGACAGUGACAGCUAUAUCCACUGAUCAUCUUCCUGGUCCAACAACCACCAUUCCCGGUCCCACAAACACAGUAACCAUUACAACUAAUGGCCCGACUGAAACUUCAACUAUAACUGAAGCGUUCACUUCCACUGUAACCGACGCUAUCACCAGCAACCAGGUGGUAACAGAUACCAAAACGAUCACAAUUACUGUUACAGAUGCCGAGACUCCCACGGCCACCAAAGCUACAGCUACUGCGACCUCCAGUCCGACAAACGGUGCAGACGGUGGCGAUGGUCCUGACUACGGGACGUGCUCAGAUCCGACUAUCCGGUGGGCGGAUGGACUCGAUGGACGGACGGAGUAUUCGUGGAUUACGAAUAAUCAGGAUGAUUUCCCACAUAAGUCGUCGACAACUAUUAAUACCUUGAUGGUUUUCGUUUGUAAUCAGCUUCGGAGUCCGUGCAAUGCUCCGCAGGCCGUGGUUGAUCGAUGUUAUUCGGCGGCGGGGCAAGUUAGUAAUCGUGGGUUGAAGGGGGAGAAGGCUUCGGAUUUAUGGAAUUCGUUGAUGACUUGA